GACAGCCUUCCCCAAGAUUGCAAUAUCCUACCGUAAUAUCUAAAAAUGUUUCAUGAUUGAUGAAACCCACAUCCAGAUGAAACCACAUAGUACAAACAUAUAAAAAGAAAUGUGAUCAUAAUUUACUCAUCCACAUGUCAUUCCAAACCCUUAUAAUUUAUUUUCUGUCAUGAAAACAGACACUUUGAAGAAUGUCUCGGUUGUAUUUGUCCAAGUAAUUACAAUGAAAGGAGGCAACAAAACACAAAAACACCAUAAAUGCAUCAUUAAAGUGACAUAAAAAGAGUCUGUGUUUCAUACACAAAUGUCUUCUGAAAAAUAAAGAUAAUUUUCCUUUUUAUUUUCCCCUGAGGAAAUAAAGUCAUAGGCAGGUUUGGAACAACACAAGGGUGAGUAAAUUAUGAAAAUGUUCAUUUUCUCUGAAGUGUGAACCGUGUAUCGCACACAAAUGAAACUAAACUAGUUUGCACAUGAAUGAUUCUGAUUAGAAUCAAAGUGCCUACUAUAAACAUAGAUCACUAUGUUAUUAACACAAAAGUCUCUUUAAAUUGAGUUUCUAUAGCCUACCAAUUAUGGCUAAACGAAGUCGAGCAAAAGAGUGAGUGCAAAAGUAGCCUCCACUCACCAGAGCUGGCUGAAGAGCUAAACGAAAAGCUAUAAUGAAGUAAUGUGUUCGCGCGCGUGUGCGUAAGCGUUAAAGCACCGCUAUUGGUCAGCUGAGCGCACGCACUAGAUUGCGGAGGCUCUGCGUUGCAUUGCCAGUGAAAGCAGCCUGCGCUAUGAUGAGACACGGAGGAGUAGCGUGACGUUCACUUCAACGGAGCACCUGAGCCGUACACGGGAUAUAAUAGGUUAUACUAUAUCUACGGUGGUCUGUAUUCGGAUAUGCUGUCUUAAAACGUAGUGGUGUCAUGGAUAUCAUCAUUUCUAGACGGUUCAAAAUCCUCAUGAAGGUUAAAGCCAAAAUCCUUCAGCCCAGCAGCAUCUUCACAACGCACGACAGCUGGAAUUGUGUGAUUCGUGACAUCGCAUCCGUAUGAGGAAAAUGACUGGCACACUGUAAAGAAGGAUUUCAAGAUUUUGACAUUCUAAAUGCCAUUCUUACCCACUACAGCAUCUGAUAUUAUUACCCCCAAGAAGAAUGCUGCAACAGAACAACAACAAUAACUGCUUGGAGAUGGCCCAUAGGGAGCUACUGCAUGAAUGCCGAAGAACCAAUGUCUCAUUCGCCAGUGCCCUUGAGUUUGGAGCCAUACCCCUGAUUAAAGGCCUGAGAGCAUGGGCUGUGAGUGGCGGCUACUCUAAAGCCAGAAGAAAGGCUGCUAAUGGAUCUCGGGCACAGGGCACAUGCCAACAGCCUCCUGAAAACAGGGUAGGGCAGAGAAGCUGGUCAGGUCAGGUCAGCAGUGGCUAUGGGCACACAUUAGAUAGCACAAUUAGUGCAACCAGAAUGCCAGGGGUCAGGCAAGGCGGUCUUGGCGCUCUUGUAACUGUGGCCACUUUGAAGGGCACUGAGGGGGGUGGUAGGCAGACUCAGACGCGCUGCCUCUUUCUCAAGGCCCAGGGAAGGGGCAGCUACAUCUGUGCUGUUGGAAACCGCGGGACUGGGACGAGAGUCACGGGUCCACGGACUCACGCUGUCAUUCUUGAAGGGACAAAGGAAGAGCAUAGAUGUUCCUCUAAAGGGCAGAAGGUGAGCCAGGAUGGGCCAGACGAUGGAGGAUUGUUCAAGGCCAAGCCCAGGGCCAUACGAAAAUGGAGGAAAUGCGGUAAAACAACAGAGAAAAGAACAGCGGCUCACGGCAAAGGGGAAAACGCCAGUCAAAAAAAUGCAGUGAUUUCAGACGUGCAGCCACUUAAUGUAACACCAGAUAACACAAUAACACAAGACCAGACGGGUAGCUAUCCAAGUCAGGACGACUUGAAGUUGAAGGGCAAAGACAAAAGGGCUCAUUCCCCCAUAUUAGUGAAAGCUGUCACAUCCGAGAGCACAGAUCCACAAACCUGCUGCUCUUCUGCCAAACCAGGUGAGCAGGCCGAAGAUGAGAUGAGCAAUCAAUCCGAUAACUGUUCUAAAGAAGAAUCAAGUUGUGCCAAUGCACAAGGUGACACCGAGGUCAGUAAAUGUGACCUUGACGCAAAUGAUCGCCAGAACAUUGUUGCUGAUGUGCCAAACCUAGGGUCAUCUGUAGCAUCUGAGACUCACUCUGAUAGUCUAGGAAUCAAAUUGACCACAACAAACUGUAAUACUGAGCCAAGCAUAGAUCAUUCUCCCAUGAUAACUCCCUCUGAAGUCCCUGUCAGCAUUCAGAAGAAUCAAGAAUCCAGGCCAGACGAGCGCCUACUGGACCGCGAGAAUCUACACUCGGUGGAGCCUGGCGAUCUUGCAACACAGAGAGAUGGGACUCCAGACACAAAGAAUACAGUUGUGCCUGAGGGCCGCACUCCAGGGGGUGCUGAAUGUAGCACUACAGAAAAGAAAAGGAGGCCGUCCAUGUGCUCACCUCAGCAUUGGGAGGAAUUAAUCACAGAGCAUGGAGAACUUGAAGUACAGCAGUCUGACAAAUCCUCUUCACAAGGCUUUAGUACACCAACAGCCAAUAUAACUGUAUCCACUAUUCACUCCCUGCCUAAUCCUGCCCCUACCACCACCGCAGCCAUAGCAACAGCCAUCCCAGCAUUAAGCAAGGGGGAGGCGGGGGCUAGAGGUGGAGACUUGCUGCCUCUGGUGAACUCAGAGUUGCUAUCAGAGCUGGCAAGAGUUGACGACAAGGACAAGGUGGCCACUGACGAGGGGUCUCUUGAUGUGGGCGAGGAGGAGGAGGAUGAGUUUGGGGCUUUCAUGCAGGCAGGUGGAGAGCAGCUGUGGACGGAUGGGUUCAAUGAGGUCCAACAGUUGGCUGAGGAUUACAACUGUGAGGACUCGUACCUCAGUGUUCCACAUCGCAAGUCUAAUGCUGUACCAGAGGAACACACAAGUUCUGCUGAUGCAAAUGAACCUGCAUCCUGGGCAUCUGAUUGGACUGCAGUCCAGUCAUUCCAGCAGUCAGAGAGCACAUGGACUGCCUUCAGCCAGGAGACUGUGGAGCUGAAGAUAGUGCCUGGUGGCCAGUGGUGGCCUUCUACCGAAAAGCCAAACCUUCCUCUCUCUCCUCUCCAUAAUGUGUCAAAUGUGUUUCUAGAGGCCUUUCCCUCAGAAAAGUCCCCCUGUGAAGAUCCUGAAUACAUUCCUAGUCUGAAGCAGCUUCUGCAAGGACCAGCUGAAAACAGCAAUACAGGGGAGCACAAGGAGCAGAGCUUACUUGAUGGCCUCCAGGAUCUGGACCGGAUGAUUGGUGUGAAAUAUAAAAGGGCGGAGUCUCCGUCCUGUAAACUUCUCCUUCGGUCACUGCAUUUGGAACGUCCCAGCUCUGAAUGUGCAACAGUUCGACUGAAGACCAGUGCCAGAUUUUCUCCAAAUCUCCCAACGUCCAACCAGCAAUUAGCUGCAAAUGCUAAGAGAAGACUGUCAUAUGACUUCAACAGAAAUAUCAUGACCUAGUCUCUAUAUCUGCUGAACCUCUUUGACCUAUGCUUCCUUGAAAACAGGAAAUAGAGGACAGAGGAAAAAUACAUGCUGAAAAACUGAAUAACUGAGUUUCCAUAGAUUGACUUCUAUUCGAGGUUUAUUUAAAGUGUAUUUCUUCUUUCAGUGUCUGUUCUCACUCAGUGUCUGGUAGAUUCUGUUUCUCAUUCAGCUGUGUAUCAAGACACACUAGACCUAUGUUCAACCAAAUAUGUGACCCUGGACCACAAAACCAGUCUUAAGUGUCAAUUUUUCGAAAUUGAGAUUUUAUGCAUCAUCUGAAAGCAGAAUAAAUAAGCUUUCCAUUGAUGUAUGGUUUGUUUGGAUCGCACAAUAUUUACCGAGAUACAACUAUUUGAAAAUCUGGAAUCUGAGGGUGCAAAAAAAAUCUAAAUAUUGAGAAAAUCGCCUUUAAAGUUGUCCAAAUGAAGUUCUUAGCAAUGCAUAUUACUAAUCAAAAAUGAAGUUUUUAUACAUUUACGGUAAGAAAUUUACAAAAUAUCUUCAUGGAACAUGAUCUUUACUUAAUAUCCUAAUGAUUUUUGGCAUAAAAGAAAAAUGUAUAAUUUUGACCCAUACAAUGUAUUUUUGGCUAUUGCUGCAAAUAUACCCCAGCGACUUAAGACUGGUUUUGUGUUCCAGGGUCACAUAUAUGUUUUUCAGCAUUUCAGAAUAUUGGGGUUGAAUUAGGACAAAUAUAAAAAAUGUCAAGUUAAAAAACCCUUUGCCAAAUUGUUCAAUCCAGUUAUCGGACCCAUUUUGAUAUAACUGAUAUAAUCAGAUGAAAAUAUGUCAAGAUGCAUUUGUGUAUUACUUUCAAUCAUUGCUAUGGAUUAUAUUUGUUAGAAUAAGAGUCAUAGCAAACCAGUUAGUGCACAUUCUCACAGGGAUGUAGAUUCAUAUCUGGCCUGUCACGUCCUGAUCCACGUCCCGAACUUUCCUUUCUACUGGCUCACAUGACGUAAAAUUGUAUAAAAAGUAAUAAUGUGAUUUUAGGGAGAUUAGGAUCAACUAUGGCUCCCCGCAAUCUCUCCCUCGCCUGAAAACUGUCAAAGCAAAUUUCCACAAAAUGUAUUUUCAUACACCACCUCACACAGAAUCAAUUUUCUUGUUUCCAUGUCUUUUUUCCCUGUGCUUGAAGUACUAAAUAUGACACUGUAGUGUACCAUUUUUAACUCCUGACGAAUAGAGACCAUAUUUUCAGAAGUGUUUUAAAAUGAAUGUUGACAUUUUAAAUUGAACCUGUACGCUUGUUUGUUGAUUGACGUAAUUAAAACAUCUUUGAAGGAC